AUGUCACGUCAGAAUGAGCUGUCCAGAAAUGUUGUAGUUCGUUCGGCCCUGUGAAGUGCCUGAUUCCCGAGCCUUAUCGGGCGGAAUUGUGCAACCUUCUUCGCUAACCGUGACACCUAUUGCAAUCUAACAAAACCCCUUUCCGACUAGUAUGCUUUCUCGUCGGCAGGGAUAUUGUCCACCUCGACAAUAUCUUAUUCCUGACUCCUAUGAGCUUGACUCUAACUUCAGGCUAAUGUCCACGAAAUGGCUGAUUCAGAUCGCAGGUUCGGCGAAUGUAGAGCAAAUGGUCGUUGUCGUUCAGACCCGUCAAUAUGUGCACUUUUGCGAAGGUUCUUUUCAGCAUGGUUCAGCUUCACCACCAUUUGCAACGUCUCACGCAAAUUCUCAGCGGCCACAACCUUCUGGUUGCUCUAUGAUUGGGUUAUAAGCAUGGGAGAUGAGAUCGAGCUCAUAUGGACCUCUGCCAAUACUACACCGAAAUUUCUGUACUUUAUUUCACGGUAUUUCGGACUGGUCACACAGUUUGUCUAUGUAACGGAUGCUAUGCCUCUUUACUGUCGCACUCAGCUCAUAUUUCGCACCUUCACAUAUUAUGUUCUUCACGUAAGUGUUGAGCUUAGCCUGUUAAUCAGGAUCUAUGCCCUAUGGAAUCAAAGCAAAAAAGUGGCGAUAAUUUUGGCUAGUGUUUUCGGACUAGUGCAGGCGGCGAAUAUCGUCAUGCUUGUCAUCGCUGAGACAGUCAUGAUAGGCCCCCUUGUACCGUAUCCAAGCAAUUGGCCCAUAAAUGGCUGCUUCGUACUCUCUAAUCCGAGAUUCUUUCGGGCUUGUUGGAUUCCCAUUCUUGUAUUCGAGACGCUCCUGUUCGUGAUGAACACGAUGAAAUGCCUUUCGUACAGGCCGCUUUCUCGUACACCUCUAGUCGUUCGCCUGUUCCGUGACGGGACGAUAUACUAUGCCUUGAUGUGCGUCGUAUUACUUCUACGCACGUUUUCGCAAUAUCGCUCGAACUUGUUGUCUAAUUUCGUCACCGACACAUUCAUGACAGCAGUAUUCUCGUAUGCGGGUUCAGCAUUGAUGCUCAGCAUCCGUUCACUUGCCGCGGAGCGUGAUCGGCUAACCAAUAUCAUCCCUAAUCUUUCGGAAAUUACGCCCAUCGACCCGGCUGUCUCUGGCAUGCCUUCAAUGAAACGACCGAUACAGGGGAGGCCCUUGUCGCAAAAUUGUGUACCUCAUGGAGAGCCGGUAUCGUCAACGGCGCAGGAUACAUCCUCACACUGUCAUAUCGAGGAAACCCGUAGAUCCUUUGAUAUCCACAGCAGCCCCGCUGUUUUACAAGACAUCAGCGCAGUCGCCAGGACACGUGAUGAUCACAACAAUGCCUCAGUCGUAGUGGAGAUGGGAUAUUCAAGAGACACAAUGAGUCUUGAGUAUCCUAAAUGGAAAAGCACGUCAUGGCUCGACGACUGGAACGUGCAAGGCUAGGCAUAACUACAGGUUUUCGUGUGCAUAUAGGGUUUUUUUGGUUUCGUGCUUCCCGUGACGUUCCUUGCUCUCGUUCGCUCUUCACCUGCUUUCGUUUUGUAUAUCGAUCUCACAGUUGGCUUCGUCUCUGUUGAGUAAUUCUGGAUGGGGUUAAAUUAUGUGCAAGAACAUGGACACACAUACUCCAUUUUUUCCAUAUCCACACGUGGGGUCAGGGUGACAGCAAAGGAAAUGAAAUAUAUAUAUAGCAUUUAGCCUGUAGUACCAAGAGAGGGGGAAUUUACUCGCAUUAAACUUGCUCAGGCC